GAAGCUGCUUGGCGACUGAGAGCGGCGCCCUUGCAGCCAGCCAGCCAGGCGCGCCGUCGUCGCCCUUCGGAGGAGGCGGAGCGCGCGCGGGACCGGCGCCAGCCCAGGCGAGGGAGGAGCCGGCCGAGGGGUGCGCGGAGGCGUCGGGUAGCAGUCAGACUCAGCGGCGGGCGAGAAUGGAGCCGACGACGGGCGAAGAGGCGACGGCGGAGGAGGCGGCGCACGCGUCGGCGCUGCUCCGGGGCCUGUGCGCGCUACGGGCGGAGCGGGCGCUGCUGGACGUGACGCUGCUGGCGGGCGGCGGGGAGUUCGGCGCCCACCGGGCAGUGCUGGCGGCGGCCUCGGGCUACUUCCGCGCCAUGUUCGGCGGCGGGCUGCGGGAGGCGCGCGCGGCGCGGGUGCGGCUGCACGGCGUGGAGCCCGAGUGCCUGGCCCUGCUGCUCGACUUCGCCUACACGGGCCGAGUGGCGUCUCCCGGCGGGCCGGAGCUGGCCGAGCGCCUGCUGCGCGCCGCCGACCUGCUCCAAUUCCCAGCCGUCAAGGCGGCGUGCGGGGCCUGGCUAGCGGCGCGCCUGGAGCCGGCCGCCGCCCUGGAGAUGCAGGAGUUCGGCGAGGCCUUCGCGUGCGCCCCGCUGGCCGCGGCCGCCCGCCGCUGCGUCCUGCGCCACGCCGCCGAGAGCGAGGGCGAGCUGGCGGCGCAGAUGGAGCGCCUCCCGCUGCCGCGGCUGCUCUCGUACCUGCGCGACGACGCGCUCCGCGUGCCCAAGGAGGAGGCGGCCUUCGAGCUGGCGCUGCGCUGGGUGCGCGCCGAGCCGGCAGCCCGCGCUCCGCUCCUGCCCCAGCUCCUGGCGCACGUCCGGCUGCCCUUUGUGCGCCGCUUCGCCCUCCUGGCCCACGUCGAGGGCGAGCCGCUGGUGGCGCGCUCCGAGGCCUGCCUGCGCCUGGUGGCCGAGGCGCGCCUCUUCCAGGCCGGCCGCCUGGACCGCCACGACCGCGCGCCCUGCGCCCGCCUCCGCCCGCGCCCUUCCACCGGCCUGGCCGAGAUCCUCGUCCUCCUCGGCGGCUGCGACCGCGACUGCGACGAGCUCGUCACCGUCGACUGCUUCAACCCCCGCACGGGACACUGGCGCUACCUGGCUGAGUUCCCCGAGCACCUCGGAGGAGGCUACAGCGCCGCCGCCCUGGGCAACGACAUCUAUGUCACCGGUGAGCCGGGACGGGAGGGCUGCCAGUUGCUGGAGGGUCCCUGCUUGAAGGAGUUUGCCACAGGGGUGCCCUCUAAAAGCUGCACGAACAGCACCUAAACCACGGAACUCCCGCAUGAGGCGGUGAUGGCCACCAACUUGGAUGGCUUUAAGAGAGGAUUGGACAGGUUCAUGGGGAAACAAGGGUAUCCAUGGCUACUAGCAACCCUGACUAGGCUCUGCCUUAAGGGAUGGAGGCAGCAAUGCUUCCGAAUUUCAGUCGCUGGCCAAUAAUAAGUGGGGAGAGUGGCAGUUUUUGCUUGGGUCCUGCUUGUGGGCUUUCCAUUGGGGCAUCUGGUUGGCCCCUGUGAAAACAGGAGUUGCAACUAAAUAGGCCAUUGAUCAGAUACAGCUGUAUUGUUCAGUUCUUAUUAUCUUAAGGGGACCCAUGCAUAUCAGCACCUGCCAAUUUGCGUCAUGGGUCUGUGCCCUAAGGACCUAGCUACCCUCCUGCCCAAAUCCUACAGGCAGCUCUUCUCCAGGGUAACAGGCCCCAUCCACUCUCUCUCCUUUCCCUCUUGUCAAUAAUGCCCUAUGGCUGAAUGUGUUGUACUGUGUUAGGCUGCAGACAUCUCACUCUUGGGAAGCUUGCAGCUUCCUAUAAGCAGCUGGCUGGUCACUGUGCUUGGCUAAGUGGGCCUGAUCCAGCUGCAGGGCUCUUCUGACAAUCUUACAUGCCUUCUUUAGCUCCAGAGUAUGUGGCUGAUGCUUAGAGAUGAUGAUAUGUGUCACCAGCAGCAUCUGCCUUUGAGCUUGUGGGGAGCUUCCAGUUUGUUUUGACCUUCCUUCUGGGAAGCUGGAGAGAGGAGGCUGAACAAGGGGCUCUGUGUGAGUCUCCACGCCCCCUUCCUGUUCAUUGCUUUGCAAGUUAUUUAUAGAGCGGGUGCUAGGAGCCAGCGAGGAGACACCUGAGCCGGGACGCCUCUGUGCUCUGCCCCAGCACCAGCCGCCCUCCUGGGAAUCUUCCCUGCGGGAGUUCUCCAUACAGCUGUCAAAGGACAUUAGGAGGAUUUUCUCUCAUUCCCAUCAAGCGGCUGCCCUUGGGGCAGACAUUUUCUCCCUCGGCAAAGCCUCCCCCAGUGAGCUUUGGGGACCACCACAACCCUGCAAACAUACAUGUGCAGGGCCCAGAAAGGAGCUUUUGUAAGGGUAGCUGGUGGCCGCAGUCCCAUGCCCACAGCUGAUCACUGGGAUGUGCAGAGGAACGGAGUCUUCCUCUUGGUGGGGAGAAGCCAUGAAGUUUGCCCCAUCAGCCAGGCUGAGGUUCUUCAAGCAUGGUUAAGCCCUGUAGACCUCAGAUGAAGGAUGCAGCUGGUCUGUGUGCAGCACAGGUGGAUAGCCUAUAUUCCCAUCCCAGCUAUUCCUAUCCACCCCAACCAAAACAGCUAAAGGUGAGGGAUGGAUGGGUGCUGUAGUCUACAAACGCCUGGCGGGUACCACAUCUCCAUCAUAGAAUAGAACUGUAGAGUUGGAAGGGAUCAUGACGGUCAUCUGGUCCAAAUCCUGCCCACAGCCAUCCCUGGGUGGUCUUGAACCACCAACCUUCUGGUUAACGGCCAGGUGCACUGACCCAUCGUGCCACAGGAGGGCCAUCGGCUCUCCCCAAGCUACAGGUUGGUUCUUGUCAGAGUCUGAGAGCAUCAGACACAGGCCUGAAGCUGAUUCUCUUUGCCACAGAUGAUAGUGGCCCUGUACCCCAUUUUCCCUAAGGAAAUUAGCGCACCCCUUUUUUGUUUCUGGGUUUGAUCAGAGCCUGGUCUUGCUUGAAGGAACGCUGAGGUGUCUCAGCGAGGGGCAUUUGGGCUUGCAAGCAAACAUAGGACGUGGGCAGUUCUCCCCCAAUUAAGAAAUGCAUUUGUUGGUGUGGAUCAAAGAUGGAUCAAAGUCAUGUUCUGCAUUCUCCAGGGGAAAUACCUCUGUCCCAAAUCUUAGGAGAUUUGCUGCUGCUUGUAGGAAGGCACGGUUUAACGCAGUACAAAGGAGCUCAAUUAGAUGGAGCUGUUGCCUUACGUAAGUGAACCGUUAGGGUGAACCACGUGCCCUGAGCCACAGUCUUGUGUGUGAGUCCUGCAUUUUUGGGGGUCAGGCCAGAUGACCCCUGGGGUCCCUUCCAACUCUACAGGUCAAUGAUUCCUUGCUAAUGGGAUGCGGUGCUCUGCCCCUAGGAGGUUCCGACGGCUCGAGGCUCUACGACUGCGUCUGGCGCUACAACUCCAGCGUGAACGAGUGGACGGAGGUGUCUCCCAUGCUGAAGGCCCGCGAGUACCACAGCUCCGUGGUCCUGGACGGGCUGCUCUACGUGGUAGCCUCUGACAGCACCGAGCGCUACGACCACACGCUGGACGCCUGGGAGCCUCUGCAGCCCAUGCUCUACCCCAUGGACAAUUGCUCCACCACCGCCUGCCGCGGAAAGCUCUACGCCACCGGCUCCUUGUCCGGCAAGGAGUCCAUGGUCAUGCAGUGCUACGACCCCGAGUCGGACCUGUGGUCCCUGGUGAACUGCGGGCAGCUGCCCCCCUGGUCGUUCGCACCCAAGACCGUCACUCUCAGCGGGCUGAUGUAUUUUGUCAGGUAAGGGCUGCCUUAGCCGCUGCCAUCUCUUCUCAAGAUGGGGUGAGGGUGGGAAUGUGCAACCUAGAAUUGUAAAAAAAGCCACUUGUCCCACCCACACAAUAGCCCUGCUAGGCCAGAAACAGGGAUGUGUCUGCAUAGGAGUUUUUACGAGCUUCUUUGUGAAUGUGUUUGAUCUCUCUGGAGUUUUUGGAGGGUUGUGGGAUGCUGGUCCAGUUAUGCAACAUCCCGGACUGGGCAGGGGGUGGGAAGGAACUCUUGCCCCCCCCAUCCCCCUAGAAGGAACUUUGCUUCAUACCUCCAAAGCUCUUUCUGCAGAUUAAGUUGGCAAAGCUUAGGGAAGGGAGCUUCCAAGUGCCUGUUGCUUCCCAGAGGUGGCUCCCUGGUGCCCUUCAUCGAGAGGGGCUGUGGUAGGUCAGGUUCCUGCUAUCUGAAAGGCACUCGAGCCCUUCAGCCAGUGAUGGGCUGAGCUUGUGAUCGAGCGAGGUCUGAAAAUAGUUUGGAUAAGCUUGUUAUCUUUCAAGUUGGCCGAGGGGAGUGGCGAGGAGGGGGGAGGAAGGAGAAGGGGUCAGCUGCCCCUUUCCUUGUUGGGAUUUGGGCACCUGCUCUGUUCAGGUUGCAGUUCACGCUCUGUAGACUUCAGAAAUGGGUUCCAGAACCAGCUUAAGACCUGGCGGAUCUUCGCUGUGCCAAGAAACUCCUAUCGGUUGAGGAGCCUCCAUGUGGCUGUAGCUGCCACAGCCCACUCGCAGCCAUCGGUCACCCAUUCACUUGCCCAGGCAGGGGCCAGGGACUGCUGCAACUGUGGCCCCUACAGUCACCAAGAGGCUUCCUCUGGUGUGGAGGCUCAUUCGGUUCCUCCUGUGUGAACAGGGGCUGGGCGGAGCUUCCUUGUGACCUUCAGUCUCAUCCUUCAUCUAGAAAUCAGACAAUCUUUUUUUUUUUAUGGGGGGGUUGGGGAGGUACAGCAUACUCUUCCCAAUGAAUGAACAGCUGCUGCAUGGGGCCUCAGUGACUUUAUAGCUCUGGGGUCCAAGUAGGGACUUUCCUGAUUCUUGGCUCAAUCAGGGCCUAGUACAAAACCCUCAGAGGGUGCCAGGAUGGUGAAACUCGCUUUCACACCCUUGUCCGGCUUACUAUAGCCACUUGGUCCCUGCAGGGCUCUUUCCUCUCCUGCAGUGCUAGCUUCUGCCUAAUUUGGGGGCAGGACAUGCAACCCGCUUCCCCAGACGUAAAGAAAAUCCUUUUUUGAAAGCAGGAAUUGCCCCCUGAUCCUGAUGCUUGAAAUGAAUCUUAAGGGGCUUCAAUCCGCUGGUGCAGGCAAGGAACGGGAGGCUUGGAAUUCCUGCUGCUGAGAUUCAUUCUGGCCCAUUCCACCCCCCACCCCCCGUCUCUACCAGCCCCACUGAGAUUUAACAGUUGCUUGCUAAAGCAUUUGGCUGCUCUACUCCCCAGCAGCAAUUGUGCAUUUUGCAACCCUCCAGAGCUUGGCUUGAGAAAUAGUUUAGAUUCCUGCAGAGGCACCAGAAACAUUUUGCAGCUCCCAAAGCCGACAGGACAGUGACCCUCACACACACACACACACACCCUUUCACUUUGCACCCACCUCCCCAAACGUUUCUGCUAAGUGCCACAUUUCAUUGUAAACACGGUUACCCAUCAAAGUUAAACGAAUUCAAUUGGCAUUCGACAUUUGCUGGGAUGGGAGGAGGAAGCAGCCCAGGAGAAGGUUCUGAGCCUUUCCAUUUCGGCUGGGAGUUUUGUAGUAGCCUUGAUGGGCUCCCAGGCUGCCAUUCUGAGGGUCAGAAAAAGCACAUUUCUUUUGUCAUCGACACCCCUCACCUGUUGCUGUCAGGCUCCCUGUUUCAUGAACAGAGCAAGGAGACGGGCGUUACGCAACGGCUCGGGAAGCUUCUAGGGUUUCUCCUUUUAUCUCCUUCCCCUCCUCCAAAAAAAGAUGGGUGGAAACUGCAGGCAGCUCCUCCUCAUCCAAAGUCUAGCUCAGUGGUUCAGGUCACCAUCGCCUUGGCUCCAUAAACUCAUAAACCCCUGUGCUCCCCGCCCUAUAAAUAGCAUUAUUCAUGCUCCACUAAGGAAGGUAAUAUAGCACAAUAGCAUUCAAAACAGUAGCCAUUAAUUGCACAUUUAUUCAUGUUCCAGUUAAAACUAUUGAGCUUAUUAAUUCCACAUAACUGAUAGACUUGAUCUAGUGGUACCAGCUUUUCAAAGUCUUGAUAGUCUAAAACAUCUGGAGGUCCACAGUCUGAGGAAUGCUGCUUUUAGAGAGGCUACGGAAAGAGCAGAUUGCAAAUCUCUGGAAGGUUGGGGGCAAGCAGAGGACAGAGAAAGGGACAUUUUUUGCAGGUUUGGUGUGUUUGCACAAGGACCUCCUCCUCCUCCUCCUCUUCCUUUCCAUCAGUCCUACCAACCAGAAUCUUUAUUUUCUAAGUUGCUCACAAAAGGCCCUGGAAAUCUUGAGACUUUGCGUGUGUGCGCCAAGCGCUAUGAGAUCUGAGUGGAUUGGGUCCCCAUGCCCCGUUAAGGAAUAAAGUAGACACUCAGGGACCGUGCCUUCCCUCCCAUCCGCACGACAAGGCUAGGGGGUGUUUGGAGCUUCUUCUCGGUCACCUCUACUUGAUUUCCUUCUGCAGGGACGACUCUGCUGAAGUCGAUGUCUACAACCCAGCAAAGAACGAAUGGGACAAGAUCCCUCCAAUGCUUCAGGUGAGGGUCUCAGAUCUUGAGCAGUAGUUGGAACUGAAGGGGGAGGAGAUUGAAGAGUCCAGACCAAAGGUGGCAAUGGAGAAAAGCCUUAGCGAGAGAGGGUUGGAUUACUCCAAUGUGCUUUUUGUGGGGAAUCCCUUGCACUUGAUCUGGGAGCCGCAGUUAGUGCAGAUUGCUGCAGCAUGGUUGCUGUCAGGAGAGAGACUCCUGUUACGCCUGUGCCCAUUUGCUGCCAGUUCAAGGCGUCGCUAUUAGAAUAGUCAAUCAAGAUCCUUUAUUAGGCAUAGCAAACCACACAUUAUCAAACAGACACCGUAUACAAAUUGUGCAAAAUACGAACUCAACGAAACAAGGUUUGUCCCAGUCAUAUCUUUAACUCCAGAAAAAAUCAAUUUGCAUAAAUAAUACAAUGCAGCCCUACCAAAUCCCCGAUCAUUUUCAUUAGAAUAGAAAAGCCUUUUUUAAAGUCCAGCCCACCAUUUCAAUUCGAAAGGGCAUCCAAUUGCAUCCGAACACAGACAAAAACCUGCUCCUCGAUCUCGGGAACGACGCUGCACCAUUUGGUUUACGAUAUCUUAAAAGGCUUCCGGAAGCAUAGCAAGCAGGCGACCAACCUCCCAAAAUGCAGAGUAGAUAAGAGAUUGCUUGGUUUGUACACCGCUCUUCUUUUCUUCCAGGUGCACGUUGGAGGGAGCUUGGCCGUCCUGGGAGGGAAGCUCUACGUCUCCGGCGGCUACGACAACACCUUUGAACUCUCGGCGAUGCUGGAGUCCUACGAUCCGGAGACCCGCAAGUGGAGCUUGGCUGGCCAGCUGCCCGAGCCGAUUUUCUGGCACAGCAGCGUCAGCAUUUUCCGCCAGUUCAUGCCCGAGACGCUGGAAGAGGGCGAGGAGCGCCCCUUGGACAACGCCAUCAGCCUGAACCGCCAGCGCCAGAACCUCCACAACCUGAACCUGAACGAGUUGCGCUAGCAGUCAGACAGCUUGUCUCUGGGGCUUGGAGGAAAUCUGUGGCGCCGCUUCUUGGGGAGGCAAGCUGGGAAAGGAUUGGGAGGCGGGUGUCCUCGGCUGCGAGGACUGCAUGGGUGGCGAGGAGGGCAAGGAGCGGGCUCUUUGAGAUCAACAGUGCUGUCUUCAGGGGAAUCCCUGAAAAGGGAGGUGUGCAAUUCUCCUCCGGUUCCUUCCUGGCAGUUCCCAAGGAGUUUGAAAAUAGCUGAUCAGAAAACUUCCCCUUAGGCUAACAUGAUCUGGUGCUGUUUUGCUUAAAAAUAGCCAAACGAAGGCAUGAGCACAGUUCACGUAAAGUCAUUAUGCAUGGAGAGGAGAACACAGAUAGAGCAAAGGCUUUCCUUCCCCUCGCUCAACACUAGAAUUUGAGGUCUCCCCAUGAAAUCGAAAUACAGUAGGUUCAGGAGAGACACACCACACUGAAUUUAUUUAUGGUACUCCUUGCCACAAGAUGUGAUGUCCCCUUGUAGUGUUUCUGCAGGAGACGCCCAGCGGCCGUUUUUAUUCAGGUUAGCUCAGUGAAACGUCCUUGUGUGGGAGACUAGAGUGCCACUAAAUGCUAGUUGGCAAGAGAGAGCUUUUGUGCUUGCCAGAAACUUCUGGCUAACCACUGUCAGAAAUGGGGGUGUUGGGUUAGACGGACCCUUCGCUGCAUCCAGCAAGGCUUUUCCUGUGUGGCUAAGAAUAAGCUGGACAUCUUUGCUGUCACUAGCUGGUGCCUUGGGUCUGCCACCAAGUCCUACUAGGGGAAAAGUCCUAUGGGGAGGGCUGCUCUUCCUCCCCCCCCCCCCAGCAACCUGAAUGAUGCCCAUUUCUUCAGUUGCAUGUUGCUGCUGGAAUAUCAUCCAUUGAUUCCUGUUGCAGGAGCUCCCAUCAGAAUCAUUGUUUCUAUCAGCACAGAGUUCUUCAACCUUGGGUCCCCAGAUGUAGGUGGACAGCAACACCCAUCAUCCUUGACCCCUGGACUAAGCUAUCUGUGGAUGAUGGGAGUUAUAGUCUGCCCAAAUCUGGGGGACCCAAGACAAAAGAGCUCUUGUCUACUCAAUCUUAGUAUCCUUAGUCUGAGUGGCCAGCUUUGGGCAGGGGAGCAUUGCCAGUUUAGUGACCUAGGGGGGCCUGCCCUCCAGUAGAUUGUUUUGAGGUGCUCUUCACGGUCGGUGCCUUAAUCACAGUGCAAUUUGGAAGGAGACUCUGUUGCUGCCAAGGCACAGCACUAGCAAAGAUGGAAACAGGACGUUAUUUUAGAGGGCCUUGCCCACGGUGGCUGCCUCUGCUGCUGUAUGGUUGCCCUAGGCAUGGCAAAGCAUAGCUGUUUCUGGGUUGUGCAGGUAGAAUGGCCACUAAUUUAUAAGAUUCGGUUGGUACCCCACCCCUGGGGGGGGGAAUCUGCUGCAGGAACGGCGGGUGAGGUCCUCCAUCAGAGCUGCCUGGGGGAAGUGGGGACAUCGUUGCUUGCGGGGGGUUGUGUGUGUUGUCAUUCUGUGAUGCUGCUUCAGUUUCUCAUUUCUUACCCUCUCCCUCCCCUUUUCCAGCUAAGGUCAGCUGUUGUUUUCUCUUCCUUCAGACUUGGUCGGGGUUCUUUUGCAACCCCCUGCUUUCCACAAGUAAACACUGAAGUCCCUCCCCCCCCUAUAUAUACCCUCUUUAAGCCAGAAAAAGACACACUUGCGAGAGAGGCUCCUUUUCAACUCUGCCAGCUGUUUACAGACCUGCUGUUGCUGCUGCUGCUUACGCUUACGACAUCUUGUUUUGGUCUCACUUGAUGAGUAAGGUUUAAGUAUUUUGUGCCGGGCUGUUUUAAAGUCUAUUAAUAGAUUUCAUGAUACUUUGUCAUACUCACAGCCAAGAUCUCUGUGCCAUCUCUAGAACCAGAUGAAUUUGCCUUCAUCCUAUUUAUUUUUAACUUUAAUGUAGAUACUUGUGUUUAACCUAGAGUACUGUAUGAUAAUGCUCUCGGAAGCAAAGAUAUUUCCUAUAUUUUUUAUUGUUUUCUUUUAAACUUGAAAGCUGAAUGUUAAGUAAAGGUGUGUGUGUGUGUUAAGGAGACUUGUUCUAUGCCAGGGGACGUAUGGGGUGCCGUUUUGCUGGAUUACACACUUCUUAGCCAUAAAAUGGGAAAGAAGACCAGUUCAGGCUUCCUCAACCUCGGCCUUCCAGAUGUUUUUGGCCUACAACUCCCAUGAUCCCUCACUAGCAGGACCAGUGGUCAGGGAUGAUGGGAAUUGUAGUCUCAAAACAUCUGGAGGGCCGAGUUUGAGGAAGCCUGAGUUAUAGAAUUACAGAGCUGGAAGAUGCCACAAAGGGUCAUCUAGUUCAACUCCCUGCAAUGCAGGAAUAUUUUGCCCAGCAUGGGACUCGAACCCGUGGCCUUGAGAUUAAGAGCCUCAUGCUCUUGCUGGCUGAGCUAUCCACUGGGUGCCUCCCAACUGUUUACACUACCACUCCCAUCAACCCCAGGCAUCAUGGCUCUUCCAGUGAAUUUUUCAUAGUAGCAGUGGCCUGAGCAACAACCUGAAAUUGAUGUUGAAGGAAAAGGUAGCCUGACUCUGGACUGCUUCUAACAAACAGUCCCAGCAUCACAUUCUCUCCUGUGGCCAAAAUAAGUGUGAGUUGGAUAUUUAUCUCCACAUUUCACAUGCUAUUGCAGGAUUUUGACAGUCGCAAUUGCUUUAUCGCCUCUUGUGAUCCUAAAUCUGCGGCUGAAGUUAGGAUAUGCACGGGAGGUAAAUGCAUGGUAUCCAACUGAGUAGGUCUGCUGAAAUGAGUUGUGUCCAUUUCCUCCUUGAACAGGAUUAGCAUUUAAUACAAGCCAAAAUGACCAUGGGGCAUAACUGGCCAGCCCAAUAAAAUAGUGUGGCUCUUGCUAAGGUAGGGGUGGGGAGACAUUUUCAGAUUUAGGGAUGAAUUCUGACUCAUGGGCGACCUUCCAAGGUCCGCAAGCUGCAGGUGCACUUCUUAACCUUAGUACAAGGAGGCUAUAUUCCAGCUAUGCAAAAGUCAGAUGUUUUCACACUCACUUCUGCAUCCACCCAUCCAAGCAAGUAAGGAUGAUGCAACACCAGUUCAAUGACAUGUUUCAGCCAGGCAAAAGCACUGGCACCAAGGUUCCCUAGCCUGCGAUAUAGACCAUGAGUCUAUGCAUCAUACCAAAGCAAGCAAGAACAGCCCAACUCCUUUGUUCUAAAACAAGGGUGUCCAUAUUAACAGCAGCAGCAACCGUGACACUUGGCGGGGUGAGGAGUGGACACAGUGUCUUGCUGGAGCAGGCUUUGCAAGUGGACACGCUCCAUAAUAAAAGCUUUUAUUGCUC